AUGGUCGCGAAGGAUCACCAACCACUGGCCACUGCGUUACCGCGCACCAAGUGGGAUGGGAUACCUUACGAUUUCGAAGCGCAGACUAUUAAAGCUUCGAAGCACAGUGUUCGUUUGCCGCCGGCCUGCCACUCCGUUACGGUGGUCAGGCGCGACGUUGCCCAGGGGUCACUACGAGGAAGUCAACACUGUGGGGGGACCCCCGAACCCAUACACAUAGCCAACUGGAAGCUCUGA